AAGCGAUCCUAGCCGUUGAUACGAUCUAAAGCCCAGUCAGUUUGCUGAUCCUUUAAAACCUAGAUUGGAAGCUCUAUACCUCCUCCAACUCUGGUGCGUCUCUCUCUGCAUUGUGCUUCGGCGGGUGGAGAAGCCUCAGGUAAGCCAUGGUUAAGCAUAACAAUGUCAUACCAAAUGGUCACUUCCGGAAGCAUUGGCAAAACUAUGUGAAGACAUGGUUCAAUCAACCAGCAAGGAAGACGAGGAGACGAAUAGCUCGGCAAAAGAAAGCUGUUAAGAUUUUCCCUAGGCCUACAGCUGGACCUCUUAGACCUGUUGUUCAUGGUCAGACUUUGAAAUACAACAUGAAAGUCAGAGCUGGUAGAGGAUUUUCCCUAGAAGAACUGAAGGCUGCAGGCAUUCCUAAAAAGCUUGCUCCAACCAUUGGCAUUGCUGUUGAUCAUCGCCGGAGGAACCGUUCUCUGGAAAGUCUCCAGGCUAAUGUGCAGCGGCUGAAAACUUUCAAGGCCAAGUUGGUUGUGUUCCCAAGGCGCUCACGCAAGUUCAAGGCCGGUGAUUCUACUGCCGAGGAGCUUUCAAAUGCCACUCAAGUGCAGGGACAAUACUUGCCAAUUGUGAGGGAGAAGCCAUCCGUGGAGCUUGUUAAGAUCACAGAUGAAAUGAAGGCAUUUGAUGCUUAUAAGAAGCUUCGUGUUGAACGCACAAAUGCGCGCCAUGUUGGUGCUAGGCUAAAGAGGGCUGCCGAAGCUGAAAAGGAAGAAAAGAAGUGAUAUUCUUUCGGCACCCAUUUUGUACUCCAUUUAAUAGAUAAUUGAUUGCGUGCCAUUUUAUUUUUGCAUGGGAUUCAGCAUCUUUGGAUUUAUUUAGAGCUUUCUAGUUUCAAAUAUCAUGUGAACGGUUAUUAAUUUAUAGCCUCUUGCUUUU